AUGUGCGAAGAGGUUUGCGUGGUCCACAAGACAAAGGUGGAGCAGAACGCACCGGGACAAGAGGCGAAAGUCAUCACAGAACGCUCUGGUUGCGUGGACUUUGUAGCCACGUUGGAGGGGGCUCCGGAUCUUCAGCUCACGGUCCACGGGAAGGAAGUGCGCAUGUGCUUCUCUUCCUGCACGAAGGAGAUGCGAUCGCUGAGGGAUGUUCCUGCCAAGUGGCGAGAACUUGUUCAAGCAGAAGGGGCAGGCACUGACAAUGAGGACGAUCAUCUGGUUUUCCAGGAAGAGGCUCUGCGAGUCGGACAGCUGGUGACCCUGGUCGGAGACUUGCACCGUGAUGCUUCUGGGCAACUUCUGCUUUGGCCUGCCCCUGCGUCACGGUUGGAUGGAGCCGUCGUGUCGCCUCUGCUUGAUGGCGUGCACGUGUUGGUGAGCGAUGAUCCCGAUUUUGGCGCAAAAACUGACGACCUUGUCGAGGCUGAUCGAUAUCAAGGAGUUUGA